AUGUGCACCAGGAUUGAGCUUGGUUUUAGAAAUCUAUGUGACUUAAACUGGAGAAUAUUAUGGAUCCUCAAGAAUAAGUAA